AUGCGCUGUACGCCUGUAGUCCGAUCUCUACUGGGCGCUGGUCCCCGCGCAGCGCCGCAACCCCUUCGCUCCGUGCUCGAGGUGACGGGACCUGAUGCCAAAAAGUUCCUCAACGGUCAAAUGUGCAAGAACGUCGAGUCUUUGAACGGCGGAUACUCGGGUUUCCUCAACGCCAGCGGCCGCCUCCUCCACACCGUCUUUUGUGUUCCCUCGCCGACGCGCAAGAACACGUAUCUGAUCUCGCACGAGAGUGGCCCCAACCACCCCGCGGGCCUUAUGGAGCUCCUCCCGCCGUUCCGCCUCCGGUCCAAGAUCAAGAUCCGCGAUGUCUCGGACGAGUGGGACGUCUGGAGCGCGUGGGGCUCCGAGGCUUCUCCGGAUCCGACGAGCGCCUGGAGAUUCGGCAACGGUGGAGCGGCGGAACGUAUCUGGAGCUGGGAGGGGGAGAUUGCCCCGCUCAGCCUGGCCGAAGGCGAACUCGGGUGCUGGGACUUGCGUGUUGGUUUUGGACCGGGAGGGAUGGGGCAGCAGCUCUUUGUCCCAAAGGGAGCGAAGCCGUCCGUCCUGGCAUCGCAUGACGUCGCGAGCACGGACGAGUACAACCUUCGCCGAAUGGUGUUGGGUGUGCCCGAGGGCUCGGCAGAGAUUAUCCCGGGAACAGCUCUCCCGCUUGAGAGCGACCUGGACAUCCACGGCGGUGUGGACGUGCGCAAGGGCUGCUACCUCGGCCAGGAGCUCACCGUGCGGACAUACCACACCGGUGCGACCCGCAAGCGCAUCCUCCCCGUCUACCUCUAUCCACUGGCUAGCGGACCUGGCGAGCUCGCAACCUCUCCCCUCUCCCUGGAGUCGCUGGGCUCUCUCCCCCUCACGGGCCCCAAGGGCGGUCCGCAGAAGUUGGACAUCAUGUACACGCCUCCAGAGUCGGCAGCUAGCAAGAAGGCCCGCAAUGCCGGCAAGCUGCUUGCGCUCUCGGACUCUGCGGCUGGUGUCGGGCUCGGGCUCGUGCGCCUCGAGUGGGCAGGCCGAACUUGGGAUGGCGAGGGAACGCUGAGUGUCGAGCUGAACGGAGAGAAGUGGGGUGUGUGGGUUGGCAAGGGAGAGGCAUAUGCUGCUGCGCUGGCCGCGACGCCGCCUCCUCGGGUGCACGACGACGAGGAGGACAUGGCGCAUACGUAG